CUCGCGCUCGCGCUCGCCCUCGUCGUCGCGCGCGCGUCGUCGACCGCCGAAGCCAUCGAAGCGAAGUGCAGCGCGUGCCGCGCCGUCGGUAAAUCCCUCGCCAAGGCCCUGCGCGAAGACGCCGAGAGCGCGGACGGGAAAGUCGUGGACAUGCGCGGUCGAUUGGACUCGCGCGGGCGCCGAUACGGCAAGAGGAUCUCGUAUAAAGUGAGCGAGCUGCGGUUCGUCGAGCUGCUCGACGGCGUCUGCGACGAGCCGAGCAGGGUGGGAAAGUAUCAGCUCCACGAGGAAACGAAUCGGUGGCGAAUCCCGCCGAAUCCGGUGAAGAAGAUUCGUCACGCGCGAGGGAAGCAGAUGAAAACGGAAAUUCUAGGGUACUGCCACCGCGUGAUCGAGGAGUCGGAGGAGGCGUUGCAGGCCGCCGUGCUCGAGGAGAGAUUGGACGCGGAGUCGAACGUCGAGGAGUUUUUGUGUCGCAACGUCUCCAAGGCGUGCGAUGAAUCCGUUGACUUCUCCGAGGAAGAGCCUAAAGAUCACGAU